UUUUAUUAAUUUUUAUUUUUUAUUUUUACUUCACUUUUUAUUUUUACUUCCUUUUUUCCUUUGAAUUUUUUACACACAUUCACCAUCCCCCACUCAUUUAUCUACUCAUAUCGAUAGUUACCACGGGCAACUGCCCGAUUACACUUGGUACAUAUACACUAUAUACACUAACUGUCACAUACUUACUUUACGGUUCUCUAACUGCCCCUUUCACAUCUACGUGUUAUCUCUUAAAUAGUUACCACGGGCAACUGCCCUACUACACUUGGCACAUAUACAUAUACACUAACUGUCUUAUACUAACUUUGCGGUUCUUUAACUGCUCUUUUUACAUCUACGUUGUCAUCUCCUAAAUUGCCCUCUUUCGAGAUGUUUAUUAGUGACUCACUCCGUCGCAGUACGCACGCGCCAUCUGGCAACUGCGAUGCGACCCAUGUGAUCCUGUUCUUCCCCCUGAUUGGUAUACUCUCAUCUCCCCUGCUAGUGCUGCCGCGCAGCCUCUAUUCCACAUACACGCUAUUCUGGCGUCCUAUCGCCAUGUUUACAGCAUGUACAGGUGAGCGCCCGCCGUUACUACAUGUCCUCCAGGUGAUAUUAAUGUUUUUUACAUUUGUAAUCAAGCUAAAUUUGUGGUUUUUACCACUUGUUUUUAAUAACACCUUUUUUAUAACACUGUAUUAACUUGACAAUUUGUAUAUUGUCCUUAUGCCUUAUGUUGUUAUACACUCACAUUUAUGGAUUGCUUGUUUUUAUUAUGUUUAUAUUUAUUGAUUUUUGUCACUGAUUUUUAUUGAUUGUAAUUGGUUACCACAUAUAUACUUCUUGUGUUCAGUCACUCUGUAUGCUUGAUAAAGGCUGCACUGGCAGCUGAAACGUUGCAUUUGUAUUGAUUAUGGAUUAAAGCCACUAUUAUUUUUUCACCUAUUUUGUGUGCUGCAGCCGCUUUUUGCCUUCUACAUUGGGGACCAGCGACCAGGGUCCAUUUGGUUGCUUGCACCUAAGAUACUUUUUCAUAAGGAGUGCUACUUUUCGCUAUAUCUUUUUUUCUAUUUGUGGUCUGAAGAGUUUGCACCCAGCCUUUUUCACUAUGGAACCAACACCACAGACAUCAGUGGCUCCAUCCAAUACUUUUUCUUAUUCACCGGGAGAGAUUGACCGGAUCCUCAGCUCUAUCAAAGAAGAUGCUUCUUUUCUCCAUGCCCCCUCAAUGGUGGAUUUACAACGUCAGUAUGAAAACUUUACCAAACGUCUACUUUCUUUGACUUUGCAUUUAACUACAUUGAGUGAAUAUUACCGUGCCCAACGGAUACCUAGAGGUCUGCGCUCUCAACCAAAGGAUAACUCCUAUGCUCAAGAUCCGGAUUAUCGCACAAGAUUUGAACUGAUUUCCAAUAAGUAUUCUUUGGAUUUAAUUUUGUUAAAUAUUGAGUUCCUUCAAAAGGAUAUUUCUUCUACUCAAACUCGCAUUAAUACCAUUGAUGAGUCCCUAAAACUGGCCAGUUCUCAAGAGGACUAUGACAAAUUAAUACAGAAACAGACAUUAUUCCUCCAAAAAUUUAGGACCGAGUUGGAAAAUACCAAACGCCAUAAAUGGCAUAGAGACACCAAUGACUAUGCAUCAAAUCGUGUAUACACUUGGAAUCAACUGUCGCUUCAUAAACGUAUGCGAAAAGGAAGAGACUUUAAUGUGGACUUUAAUAUGUCUAACAAUGCUAAUACUAAAACUUCUUCUAACACAGGAUUUGAAAAUGAUAACAAUGUUACUUUUUUAGGCUUGGAUACUCUUUCCCCCACAGACCCACCAGACGGGGGGGCCGCCGUCACCGACGGUCCUAUCAGGACAAGAGCCCAAAGGGAUCAGAAACCGACACAGCGGAAAUUUCCCUACAAGAAAAAGUAGAAAAUUCUAAUACGGAUGACAGGUAGUAAGCUGGACGGGACCUCACCGUACAACAUUAGGUUAUGAUUUAUAAUGUUUCGGGGAGAGUAAACCACUCAGAGGGACAUUAUACAUUGACCAUUAGUUUCAUAUAUAUAAGUAAUUAAAAAGAUUUCUUCCAAAAGAUUUUGUUCUUUUUCUUCACUACA